UCACUCCUCUCUCUCUCUCUCUCUCUCUCUCUCUCUCUCUCUCUCAAACUCUCUCACACACGCACAUUCUAAGACGACUCAGUGAAGCAAUGGAAGAUGAGAGGUGACGCAAAUUCUGAAAAGGGCGAGCGAGGAAAGAGGCCGGAAAAAAAGAAAGUGGGAGAGACUUAAGAGCCCGUCUGAUUCUCCUCUGUACUAUUCAUCCCUUUAAUGGCGACUGAAUUGCUAUUUCUUGAAGGAAAAGGAAAUGUAUGGUCUUGUUGAAGCUUGUAUCUAACAGGCAAAAAAAAUUUACUCCUGCAGAUUUUCUGGUUGAAAUGCAGGUUGUUCAGUACGAGACCGUGAACUUAUAUCACAAGUUUGAAAUUAGUUUGAGUAGAGCAGUGCGGAAGAGCUCUAGAAAGACAGAAAUCUAUAACUAAUCUUCUAUGCUUUGUUUAAUUCCAAUUUUUCUGGUGGACUUAGAUGGCCGUUCCCUUGCUGGAACCACAUCGUGAAGGCCAGACUGACCAAUUCCCUCUGCUAAUGGAGCGUCCAGACAACAAUAAUGACAGAGAACAUGUUAUACAUAUUGGGAAGGAUGGUGAUGCUUCCUCAUCUGGCUCACCCCACAGUGAUCCUUCGCCUUCCCUUGAUGUGCUGCACCAUCAAGAUAGACCUUCAAGUAGCACACGUGCUCCCCCUUCUCAACCUUCCUUAUCUUCCUCAAAUGGAUCGAACUCCAGGAAUUCAUCGUUAAUUAGAAGGGGUGAUGGAUAUGGCCGUCGCCAUAGGAGCCCACUGAAUUCUGGUUUGUGGAUUUCCAUUGAGCUAGUAGUCACCAUGAGCCAGAUUAUUGCAUCCAUUGUAGUUUUAUCUUUGUCAAGAGAUGAGAAACCACAAGCUCCGUUAUUCGAGUGGGUCGUGGGUUAUGCAACCGGAUGUGUUGCAACCUUGCCUCUUCUUUAUUGGCGUUACCGUCACCGCAACAACCAGGGAAGUGAACAAGAUUUAGCUCGCACACGCCAGGGCUCUUUUCAGAGCAGCGCCCCUUCAGAACCAUCUUCUUACACUGCUAUCUCAGUUACUCAUGGCUCAGAAGGUGAAGAUCGACACACCACAGUAACAGCCACUCCAAAUGCAAGAUGGUUUGCGCCCGGGAGACUCAAUAUGUUAGUGGACCACUUCAAGAUGGGCUUAGAUUGUUUCUUUGCAGUGUGGUUUGUAGUUGGCAAUGUGUGGAUCUUUGGGGGGCACUCCUCUUCUUCUGAGGCUCCCAUCUUAUACAGGUUAUGUAUGGUGUUUCUUACCUUUAGCUGUAUUGGUUAUGCCAUGCCUUUCAUUCUAUGUGCAACAAUCUGCUGCUGCUUGCCCUGUAUAAUUUCCAUUUUGGGUUUCCGAGAGGAUUUGACUCAAACAAGAGGGGCCUCUCCUGAUUCUAUUAAUGCUCUUCCAACCUACAAGUUCAAGUUGAAAAAAAAUGGAGACAGAAAUGACCGGGAAAUCAAUUCAGAAGAAGUGGGUGAUGGUGGGGUCUUGGCAGCUGGAACAGACAAGGAGCGUAAAAUUUCAGGUGAAGAUGCGGUCUGCUGCAUUUGCCUGGCAAAAUAUGCUGACAAUGAUGAGCUGAGGGAGCUGCCGUGUUCCCAUUUCUUCCACACGGAUUGCGUGGAUAAGUGGCUGAAGAUCAAUGCAUUGUGUCCUCUCUGCAAGUGUGAGGUGAGUGAGACCAGUGGGGCCUCACCUUCUGCAGCAAACUCCAAUCGCCGCCAGGUUGAGAGAAGGGUGGGCACUGAGUCAUCUGGUGUGCAUGCAUAUGGGAGGACUGCCUUUUGAUCCGGCGGGCUCCUGAGUAUAUUAUGUAUCGACUUGUGCUUCUAGCUUGAGUUGUUUAUAUAUAUGUAAGGAACACACUUGAGUUCAUCCAAUGCCAAUUUCAUUCCUUUGCAUCUGCUAAUUUGAGAGAGAGUAGCCUUAGUAGGAUCCUGUUACAAUGACAUCAAUGUAUGUAUGUAGUAGCCGUGACUGAGAGGUGAGGCAAUCCCUUGCAUCUUGGAUGGCAGGCCAGCAUUUUCUCCGUCUCACUGUAAUGAAACUGAGAUCUAAAAUAUGGUGAAACACUAUAGUUCGGCA